AUGGAUAACCAACAAGAUAAGGCUGUUGUUGCCUCAGCCAACGGAGAAAACACUAUGAUUAAUGGGGUCAAGGAAAAUGAUUCAGAGGACCAGGAUGUGGCAAUGAAGUCAUUUGCAGCUCUAGAAGCUGCUGCACCAAUCCAGCCUAUACUGGUGGCUCAAAAAGAGAACCUGAUGUAUCCCAGAGGUCUCCUGCCUCUGCCCUCUAAGAAGCCCUGUAUGCAGAGCCCUCCCUCUCCUUUGGGCCUGAUUGAAGCACCUGAGCAUGCUGCUAAUAGUGCUUCUGUGAAUGCCAUCUCUCUUACAUCUGGUGUUGCAAAAGGCCUGAACACAUGGUCACUGCCCAAUGAGUGUGAGAAAGCUCCAUUUGCCAUAAUGGAGCCUGCAGGCAUGUCAGCUCUGAAUGGGGAGUGCCUCAUGCAGCCAAGCCGGACUUGCUUGGGCUGCUUCAUGGAAUCCAAGGAUGCAGUAGAUCCUGAGCCAGGGAUCAGUCUAAAAGUCAGUGAUCUAAAUAGGGAUUAUGAAACUUGUGCAGUCUCUGAUAUAGGGAUUCAGUGUAUCAAUGCUGGAGAAAACAUGAAAUACGGAGAGCAGCUGCUCUCAGACCAGCUCCUAGGCUUCCCACUGCACAAAUCAAGGGCAGGAGAUAGACGAGAAGCCGAGAAACCUGACAUUGACUUGGAGGACCCAGCUCAGAAAAGUUAUUAUGAGGCAUUACUAUUAGAUAAGUGCAAUACGGAAGAGGCUUUGCUGGCAAAUUCCAAUCAGGAUUGGGGUUACUUUGAGACUUUUAUUAGUGAGAGUAAGAUUGAACUGCUUGACCUCUGUUCCAAGAAUGAGCUGUCUGUCAACCUGUUCUCUGAAGAAGAUGUGGAUAACUACAUGUUCGAUGAUGAUGAGUCAACACUGGGCAGUGAUGUCUGCUCCCUGAAAAUUCGAUAUGAAUCCUUCCAGGACAACGUUCGAGACAAAACCACCCUUUUGAUGCAAGAGGAUGCCCAAUUCAACUUUUUUCCCAGUGUCUUCACUGCCUGCCCCAAGCGGGAGUCUAAGAGUGGGGCCCUGAAGCAGAGCAGUGAUCUUUCCCAAUUCAAGGUCCCUGAUGUGAGCAUUAUCUGGGGGGAGGAAGAUAAAAACUUGGACAAGAAGAAAGGCAAAGAAGAAGGCCAGGAAGACAAAGGUGUAGAGAAAAAAGAUGCAAAGGAUAAUGGAGAAAAAUCUGCCUUAAAUAAACCAUGCAGUGGACCUGAAGUAGGGCAAUUUAAGAAUCCAAAGCAAGGCCAUCUUGCCAAUUCCUUGGAGGCAUCAGGGAAUUUUAGUGAUGACAGUUCCUUCAUUGAGGUCUCUUAUGAUGCCAUGGGGGAGAUCAAGGACUGUAGCCGCUAUAUGGCUCGGGACACUAAUUCUGGCAGCUCCUCCUCCCAGCAGAAUUAUGGGCUGCGAGCCAAGAGAAAAGUCAGGUAUAGUGAAGAUUAUCUAUAUGACGUUGACUCACUAGAGGGUGAAAAAGUAAAUGAGAGGAAGGAAUGGCUGCCAGGUGGUUGUAAAGAGGAAGAUGAUGAUGAAUGGUGUCCCAAAAAGAGAAGAAAAGUAACUCGUAAGGAGCCCCCUGUUAUUAUCAAAUAUAUCAUCAUCAAUCGUUUUAAAGGUGAGAAGAACAUGCUGGUGAAGUUGGGUAGGGUGGAUGCCAGUGAGACAACAGUGAAUUUGAGUGAGUCGCAGCUCAACAAAUAUGCCAAGCUGGCCCCCUUGAAGGGCUUCUGGCAAAAGAAGAAAAAGCAGAGAAACAGCAAUUCAGACUCCAACAAAACACCCUUAUGCCAAAAGCAAAGCUUUGAACCAGGUAGCUUUGAGGUGUCAUUCCUGCCACCUGCUCGCAAACGAAAAUCUAAACUUGGCAACAGGCACAGGAUUCAAAGAAUCCCAUCCAUGGAAACUUCAGCAAGUGGUAAGCAGGUUUCAUUCUGCAAUGAUGAGAGGCAAGCUAGUAGUCGUAAAGAAGAUGGAGGCCUGAAAGGUACACUGAAGUCAGCACCUCUGGCUGCCCCCGGCUGUGCAAAUGGAUCACAUUUAAAUGACAUCACAGGCCCUGACUCAGUGAAAGUCAAAGCCCAAGAUGCACAAUUUAAGGGGCCAGAGAGGAAAGUGCUCAACAAAAUCAAAUUUAAAAGUGAAGCCAGGUUAAAAUCCAAGAAAAUCAAAGCUGGGCAAGAAAGCAAGCCAGUUGUUCAAAUGACCCCUCUUUUGGGAGACCAAUCUUCCAAAGCUAAUUCAAAGAAUGAAGCUAUUCCUGGGACUUCAAACGGUUCACAUCUAUCUGAAUUUCAUGAGACAAAGGUUGCUAAGAAUUCUACUUUCCUACCAACCACCUGCUCUUCUGAAAUGCCUCUAUCAUCUGAUCAUGUUGCCAACAAUAUACCUGUUAUCCCUGGAGGGUAUUUGCAGACAUUGUUAGAUGCUUCUGACUUGUCAAAUAAUACUGGCAUUUCAUACUUCACUCAGCAUUCUCCAGAGCAAAAUGAAGUCAGCCUCACUCAAACAGAAAAAUCAUUUGUACCUCUCCAGCCUGCCCAGGACUGUGUGCUUUCCUCGCCUUCUGAGUCUGAGCUGCUUCAAUCAUCCCAAAACUUCAAAAUGGAAUCAAGCAACUAUGGAAAUGUGUGGCCCAACAAACCUACUUCUGGCUCCCAGGAAUUCAUGGCUGCAGUCUCAAGGGAGACAGCUCCAAACCAAUCAUGUGAAUUUGGAGUCUCCCAAGUAGUUUCCAUGGAAAAUAACCUCACAGCUACAACAUACAAUCCGAUCUGCCUCAACAGUGGUGGCAGUAGUUGCAACAAGGUCCUGUAUGCCUCUGUGCAAGACACCCAGCUCUCAUCUGAUGACUCUUACCAAUUAUGUCACUUUAAUAAUGGAGAGAUCUGCUUUCCUUUCCAGCAGGGUCCAGUGAAUAUGGAUGAUGGGCGGCUCUUUAGCUUUGAUUCCAUGGCCCCACUCUCUGUCAACUCAAGCAAUUAUUGCUCCUUAAGCUUGAAGUCUUGUGAAAAGGAUGGUGAUGAUGAUAUCACUGAUGACUUCCUGGCCCAUUGCAGCCCCAAGCUGGUGAUCCAGCAGAGCAUUGAUGAAAUAGCACCACUAAAGGAGUCCACUGACCUCCUGGAUAUCUCCAACUUCACUCCUGACAAAUUCCGCCACUCUUCCCUCUCAGAGAUGUCCCCACCUGACACCCCCAGUCUUUCCCCUCAGAUUACCAGAUGUGAGAAUAUCAAGACACUAGGAACACUAAAGGGGUUCCAAGAGGGUGCCCCAGGAAUACUGGGCAAUAUGGAAAAAAUCAAAUGGGACUGCAGUACCCUUUCACGGCAGGUCCAAGUGGAUGGUGGAUUUACUUUAAAUAACCAUCAGUUUCAGUUCCAUAUGUUCAAUGAUGAGGAUUCUGUCAGCCUGCUCCAAAAAGCCCCUUGCUUAUCAGCGUUUAAUGAUCCAUCUGGUCAAAUGAGUACCAACAACAAGGUGUCAAAAUCAAGAAAGAAAAGUUCACCCAAGAGUGGGGCUACGAACCAAAGCUCUUCUCAGAAAAACAACAGGAAAAAAAACCCCAAAGCCAACAACAAAGGGAUUGAAAAACCACCUGGCAAAACCUCCCGCCAGGUCCCUAAGUCAACAAAGAAAGGGAAAUUCAUGGCUGCAGUCAAUGGAGAGAAAAUGCAAAUUGGCAUCGGUCGUGGAGGAGGCCAAAUCAACAGCAUAUCCUCCACAGGGAAGACUUUGGCUGAAUGUAUCCAACAUAGUGGCCCUGUGGCCUCUAUGAAGAUGCCAAGUCAGAAGGGACUUUCUGGAGAUUGGUCUUUGGGAAAGGAGAGCAGCCCAGGCUGGAGUGACAUGAGCAUGGGCACCAACACCAACAACCUUCUGGAUGAUGAUCAACGGGAAUUUCAGGAGCCUUCUUAUAUCUUGUCCAACAUUGCCUCUGGUAUGGCAGAUGUGCAGAGAUUCAUGAUGGCCUCCAUGGAGCCCCUUUGCGAACCCAUGGAGCACCAUGGAGACCCCAAUAUAUUCUACUCCCCUGAAUCCAAUAGUCUAAAAUUAAAAACCCUCAAAAUAUUGGCUGGGACACCACAGGAAUCUAAGAAAAAGGCCAACAGUGGCUCUCCAGGAGCCACUAAGAAUCACAGGUCCAUCAAGGGUGUGAGUAAAAGCAAUGGGAAAGCAGCGAUAGGUGAUCCUGGUCGUGCAAGCAUGCCUGGUUAUAACGAGGACUCUCGCUCUGCCUUCUUUGAUAAAAAGUAUAAUAACCUGAGCACUUUAGGCAAUAAUGGACCGACACACAAAAAGUUAUAUCGUCACAAAACCAGCUCCAAGGCCCUGAGAGAUGAGAAGUGUAAGGGAAAGCGUAUGGAGCGAGAACAGGUCCACAAGGAUGAGGCUGGGACAGCUUCUUUUGAAAAACUGAGGGAUUCCGACUACAAUCUCCUAAAAGCAGAAACAGCAUUUUGGGUUUUACCUGUGUUUGAAGAAGAGACUCCCAUUUUCCAGAAAGACAUUUGA